ACGCUGCUUUAACAGGAUAGAUCGAAAUUGUGGAGUAACAUGAGAACACAAAAUUAAUUCCACCUGAAGGUUUCUACAAAUAAGCGUUCUAGCGCGAAAUUACUAAUAAAAUUUUAAUGGUUGCGGCUAGUUAUUAUCUGCUCAGAAGAAUUUGUGCUUAACGGUUCUGAGCUCGCAAUUAAAAAUAUCUAGACCGCUAUUAUGGUUGAAUUUAUUGCGCAUAUAAUACAAAGGAGAAAACUUUUAGAACAUCGGAGAUAUUUAACUGCUCAAGUGUGUCGGGGCAAUUAACCGAAUUAUGAAUCAUUUUCUGUAGAAACAUCGCCGACAAGUCAAGAGGUAAGCGAAAUAGAUGAAUUUCAUUUUGAAUUAAAGUUUUUAAAUGUUUUAAAGUGUUUUAUGUAGGAUAAGAUAUUGAACCUACGAAAAUAAUAUACAAGAAGUUCAUGUAGUUACGAGAUGCAUGUAUCGACAAUAUUGUUAAUUGUUGAUUCGAUUGGAUAUCAUGUAUGUUGUAUUAAAUCCAACUGGAAAGCUUGAAGGCAUUUUCUUCUUCAAGUGUCGGUCUUCACUUUGUCCACAGCAGAUCUGAUCAAUGCUUACUCCAUACCACUGAUGAAGAGUUCUGAGGCAAGACGUUAGACCAGGACCAUGUUUUCCCUCUAUUUUUCAUUGUAUGGUUAUAUGAGGCAAUUAAUAUCCUCCACCUUUCUUCUUUUAAUAUUAUCAACCUCUCUAUCUUUGUUCAAAUAUUGCAAAAACUGCUUGAUUCGCGUCACUCUGUCCACCCACGAUACCUUCAACAUUUUGCGGUAAGCCCACAUUUCGAAAGUCUCAAUCCUCUUGCGUAUUGUUACCGUGAGGGUAUAUGCUUCCAUACAGUAAAAUAAUAAGCUAAUGACAUAGCAACGCAAUAACCCUAUUCUUAAGGGAAUUCUGAAGGCUCUGUUGGUUUUGCAUGUUCUUAAAGGAUUCUUCUUGCUGGCUCUAUUCUGUUUUUGAUUUCUUGACUUGAGUCCCAUUUGAGAUAUCUGUUAAGUUAUAAGUUAUAUUUUUGUUUUUGCUGAUACCUAUCCAUUUGGUUUUCUUUAUAUUAAAGCGUAGACCCAAUGUUUUCUUAGCAUUUUAUGUAUAUUCUGGAGUGAAUGAUUUUCAAGAACAACUUCAAUACAUGGCUCAUUAAACUGAUCGUUCUAUAAUCUUUGCAUUACCUGCAGUUAUAACAGCCUCUUCUAUUCGGAUACGUACGCCACUGGCAGGCGCCGCAAUUCACUUUAAACCAGUCUCUCCGAGCUCCAUUAAAUCCGAAAAACAACCCCCUACGCGCCCUCAUCGCGACAGUCGCUACCACCAGAACGUUUCGGUAAGAUGUCGGCAAUCUGGGUCAUCGAAAAACAAUGACGUUAGUGCAACCUUCACCGGAACUUCAGAUCAACAUCAGGAAGGCGUUGAACGAGGACGUCACCACGAGAGACUCGGACCUACAACACAUCAAGGAAUGGCUUCUGAAACAGCCCCAUUUACCGGACACUUGGGACGAAGACAAAAUUAUGACCUUCCUGAGAGGUUGCAAAUUUUCCCUGGAGAAAACGAAAAGAAAACUGGACAUGUAUUUUACCAUGAGGACUGCCUGUCCCGAGUUCUUCUCCAAUCGGGAUAUCAACAGGCCCGAAAUGCAAGAGAUCAGUAAGAUGGGACACGUUCCUCCUCUACCGGGUCUCACUCCAGACGGCAAAAGGGUCAUAAUCCUACGGGGCAAAGAUAAGGACGUCGAUACCCCGAACAUAGCCGACAUCGCCAAGCUAGUGCUAAUGAUCGGAGACAUAAGACUUUCCGCAGAAGAACAAGGAGUGGCCGGUGACGUAUACGUCUUAGAUGCCAGCGUUGCCACAGCCAAGCACUUUUCCAAAGUCACUCCCUCCGUCAUAAAAAAAUUCUUGGUGUGCGUCCAGGAGGCGUAUCCAGUGAAACUCAAAGAAGUCCACGUCGUGAAUGUGUCGCCCUUAGUGGAGACCAUAGUCCAAUGGGUCAAGCCAUUUAUCAAGGAAAAGAUCCGUAACAGAAUACAUAUUCAUUCCGACUUCGAAGCUCUUCACAGCAUGGUGCCGAAGGAAAUUUUGCCCGAAGAAUAUGGCGGAACGGCCGGGAAACUUCAAGACUUCCACGACCAAUGGAUGAAAAAACUGGAUGAAUACGGACCCUGGUUCAAGGCGCAAGAGAACAUCAAAGCGGACGAGUCUAAACGUCCGGGCAAGCCGACCAAUUACGACGACUUGUUCGGUUUAGAUGGCAGCUUCAGACAGCUAACGAUCGAUUGAUUUAGGAACCAAUUUGUAGAUAUUUGUGUACAUUUUUUCUUCACCAAAUACGAAUAAGCGUGGAUCUGGGUGUUUCCGUUCAAAUUUAAACUGUUUUAUUAUUGUUGUAAUCAAGUGUUUGCGAUUAUGUCCACAACCUGUUAUCCUAUUGUUCACUAUUAAAUACAUCACCGUUGCAUAGUCCGUUAGCGUUUUCUUUU